CUUGACUCAACCGUCUUCUUCCUUCACUAUCACAAUAAAAAUGACUACACAAACACCACCAAAACUCUGGUUAAGAUGCGAAACUAAGGAAUUUGAGAAGAGAGCAGCUCUCACUCCAGCCACAACUAAGGCCCUCCUCGAUAGAGGUUUUGACGUUACGGUGGAGAGAGACCCACAGCGUAUUUUCGACGACGAGGAAUAUGAAAGAGUUGGCGCAAAGCUCGCACCACACAGCUCAUGGCCAACAGCACCAAAGGACACCCUCAUCGUUGGAUUAAAGGAAUUGCCAGUUGAGGAUACACCAUUAGAGCACACUCACAUUCAAUUCGCACACUGCUACAAGCAACAAGCUGGAUGGGCUGACGUAUUGAAGCGUUUCGCUGAUGGAAAUGGCAGUCUCUACGAUUUGGAAUUCCUCACAGACGACAGUGGACGUCGUGUCGCUGCUUUCGGUUUCCAUGCCGGUUUCGCUGGUGCAGCAGUAGGUUUACUCGCACAUAUCGCCCAACAAGAAGGCAAAGAACUCGGUCACCUUGAGCCAUACCCAAAUGAAGAUGAAUUGAUCAAAGACCUCAAGCAAAAGAUUCAAUCUGCAAAAUCUGAUAAGCCAGUAAAGGCCCUCGUUAUUGGUGCACUCGGUAGAUGCGGUAGAGGUGCUGUCUCCCUCUUCCAAAAGGCUGGAUUGGCUGAUGAGAACAUCAUCAAGUGGGAUAUGAAUGAAACCGCCAAGGGUGGUCCAUUUAAGGAAAUUUUGGAUGUUGAUAUCUUCGUUAACUGUAUUUACCUCAGCUCAAAGAUUCCAAACUUCAUCGACAGACAAUUUAUCGAAGCUAGCGGCAAUGACCGUCGCCUAUCAACCGUUGUCGAUGUCAGCUGUGAUACUACCAACCCUAACAACCCAAUCCCAAUCUACAAUGUCAACACAACAUUCGACAAGCCAACAGUACCAGUCGAACUUAAGGAGGGUCUUGCACCAAUGCAAGUCGUCUCAAUUGACCACCUUCCUACUCUCCUUCCAAGAGAGUCUUCUGACGCUUUCUCUCACGAUCUUCUCCCAUCACUCUUCGAACUGACGAACCGUGAAUCUGCUCGCGUUUGGACUGAAGCUAAGGACUUAUUCGUCAAAUUCAAGUCACAAGCUUUGGAAUCACUUAAAGCUUAAAAAUUUAAUUUAUUUCUAGUAGUACAAAAUUGUUUGACAAAUACAAUCAGAUUUCACUAUGUCGUUUAAUCUUCUUCACCUUCUAGUGAUUGAUAACCUGCUCUUAUCUCUUUCCUCCGCUGGUACGUAACGUAAGAGGCGUACCCACCUGCACCAAGCACACCAGUUCCUGUGAUUGCGGUGAAGACUAUCCAACCCCAUCUGUAUAUCCACGAUGGCUCGUAGGGGAUGAGUACGGAGUCCAAUACAACAAUCCCACCACCAAUUGACAUAGCGUGUGGGUCAUCAUUGUCUAGAUCAUUGUUUCUAUUGAUCUCAAAAUCGCUGGUGCUGUUGUAGAAAUGAGGUGAAGCUCGACCAAAUCCUAAUACACUUGCGAAAUCUUCCGGGCCAUUAACGCCACGAGCGCCUCUUAUACCGACAGUCCAACCAUUUUGAGAUUUCUUGAAUGCAACGUCGCCAUAACGUGAUGGACCACCUUCGGUGUAAGAUAGUAGAGAAGGGUAUGCCAUAUCAUCACUAAUGUAAAGUGGUUGGCCGUUAUCAGUUGUACGAUCUUCCUCAAGAGCAUAGCUGUAAUCUUCGUCGAGGUAAUCCGGAGGUGCAGGUAAAAUAUGCAUUCUCACUAAGGCUUCCAAUGCAGCUCUAUCAUCAAGGUAGUGGGUGAGGUUUAUAUGCGUGAAUGCCGCAUCUGUAGGCGUUAAAACUGUAUAUGGUUUAACCGGAUGUCCAGUAGAUGAGUUAUGUUUCUCAUAGGGAUUACUGUCAUCUUCCAUUGGUGGAGCUUUUCCAUCGAGUAACCAUUGAUAACCGGCCUUUUGGAAAAGAUCUAACAUAGUAUUAGCGUUGCUACCUUUGAAUAACUUUCUUAAUGUGAUGUCCACCAUUGGAGAACGUUCCACCUGAUCAAUAACAUGAAUAACACCACUAGACGUCAAUAUAUCUCCUUCACUAAUGAUUGCUUUUCUUUCUUCGCCAUUUAGAGGAUAACCUGCGACAUUUCUUGGUGAACCUAGAGCCAUCUCAGUUGUAUUGCCCUUAUUGUGUACAUUGACAUCUAAGGGAACAUCCGAAAGAGUUUUGUAAGUUCCAUUUGAGAGGCUUUUGGUGUAGACAAUAUCAUCAAUGAUAUGGUAAUUAAUCAGCUGUUUUAAUUCAGCUUUUGCUUGAGAUUUGAGAAAAUACUUCAUUGCGUAACCCAAUUCUUCGAAUGCGUCAUUUGUUGGAAUGACAAGGGUUGUUGCUGGUAUAUGUUUCAAAUAUUCGUCCAUUCCAGCUGCAUAUACUGAUGCGACGAAAGUUGAUAAACGAAGGUCUGAGACUGCUACGCUCAUGACAUCUCUUGGUGGUUCCAAAACCGAUGAAAUGAAGUAGAUAGUUUUGUUUCCUACUUUGU